AAACGUAAAAGAGACCGUCUUAAACACACAAAGUUGUUUAACUCGUUUAAGAAGUAUACUCGACAUGGGAGAAAAACUCGAUUGAAAUAUUACACGCAGAUGCAGACAGUUCCCAAAUCGCUGAUAGCGUGAAAUCUUCCCGGUGACGGAUCGUGUCACUGUUCCUGAGAUUCUAAGCUUCAAAUAUUUGCAAGAUUCGAGAACUAUUGAGAAAACAGGAAACUAUAAAUCAAUCGGAUGACAGGAUACUUCGCAGGAGUGAUGAGAGCCAGCACAGUCUUUAGAAACGGUCUCUAUCUCGCGCACGUUGCACCGAUAUGAAACUGAAGGUGAUAGAAACUUUUGUUCGCGUGUGGCCCCAGUGGGCUACCUGCCUGACAGUGACCCUAUUGUCUAUCAGUGUGGGAUUGAAGAUCGGUUGGACGUCCCCUUAUCUGGCCCAACUGACCAAAGAGGACUCGCCACUGCAUGUAACAGAUGACGAGGCGACGUGGAUAGUUUCUCUGCUUCCGUUCGGCCGAUUAUUCGGCGCCAUGGUUGGCUACCUCGCUAUGGAAUAUUACGGCAGCAAAAGAUCCCUGUUAAUCUCUGGUGUGCCUAUCAUGAUCAGCUGGAUUUGUAUAAUAUUCGCCAACUCGGCUGUCUGGCUCUACGUAUCCAGACUUUGCGCAGGCACGUGCUUCGGCAUGUUCUACGGUUGCUUCGCCAUGUACAUGGGCGAGGUGGCGGCCCCUGAAAUUCGCGGCGCCCUGGUGAGCACGAUAAUAAAUGGUCUUCCGUUCGGGACGUUGAUCGGGAGCGUGAUGGGCAGCCAAGUGUCCAUGAUGUGUUUCGGGCUUGUAAGUCUGCUCUUGUCCAUCUGCUUCAUGGUGAUCUUCCCCCUGUUGCCCCAAUCGCCGCACCACUACGUGCGUAACAAUAAUUCGAUCGAGGCGAGGAAAACAAUUCAAUGGUACCAUCGGAAAUCGAACGUGAACGAGGAACUGGAGGUGAUCGAGAACUUUGUGCGCUCCUCCGGAUCGAUGAACUUCCGCCACAAAUUAAAACAGAUCACGGAGAAGACGAAUAGACGCUCCUUGAUCUUGAUCAUCUUUCUAUACAUCUUCAUGCAAUUGAGCGGGGUGAACACCGUCACCUACUACAUGGAAAUUAUCAUCAGAAAGGCGAACGUGACGAUACUGGAACCGGCCACUAUUGUGAUUAUCGUCAAUGGAAUCGGUAUAGCGGCCGGCUGGAUCAGCGUGUAUCUGAUCGAUCGAUACGGGAGAAGGGUUCUCAUGGCGGUGUCAUGCGGCUGCGUAAUCAUCGGAAUGGUGCUACUGGGAUUACACUUUAUGUUAUUGGAACAGAAUUUCGACUCAAAAAAUCUGGAAUGGUUGUCGAUCCUGGCCAUGAUAUUUUACGCGAUGAUAUCUAUCGGUCUGGUACCAGUCCCAAGCACUAUACUCAGCGAGUUUUUCCCGGAUGAUUUAAAAAGUAUCGCUGGAUUCGCCAUAAGCAUCACAUCCGCGUUAUUCGCGUUCGUCUCGAGCGCAACCUAUCAGCCGAUGAUCGAUCUCACAAGCGAAAAAUAUGUUUACUGGAUGUACGCGAUAGUCAUGAUUGUGUGCAUGAUUUAUUCGUUCACGGAAAUACCGGAAACCAAAGGGAAAACUUUGCAGGAAAUACAAGAGAUGCUGCAGGAGAGGCAGAAGGGAAAGAAAAGUUCAAAAGAGAAAGAGAUAACAAAAGCAGCUCGAUACAAACAUUAUGCCUAUCAUACACUUUGUCUCCUCGGAACAUUCACCAUGACCAUGGCAAUAGAUGGAAAAUUAGCAAGCAAAAGAAUACUUUGGCCCCAAUGGAUAGCCGGAUUUGGAGUUUUGUUAUUAGGAACCGAGGUCGGAUUGAUGGGAGGUUGGUCCUCUCCGUACAUCAGCGAAUUAAUAUCUCCGAAUUCUUCGUUCACAAUUACCAUGUCAGAAUUAUCUUGGGUCGUAUCGCUGUUCAAUCUCGGCAGAUUGACGGGCUGUGUCAAAGGCGCUCUGUGCAGCGGCUAUUUUGGCAGUGAAAAGACGAUUCUGAUCUCCAGUAUACCUAUCACGUUGAGCUGGCUCUUCAUCAUCCUGGCUAACAGAGUGGAAUGGAUAUACAUCGCGAGAUUCCUUGGUGGCCUAAGCCUGGGGAUGGUUUACUCCUGCUAUUCCUUAUAUCUGGGCGAGAUAGCGGAUCCUAAUAUAAGAGGAGCAUUGGUCGCAAUGGGUACCACCGGAUUACCGAUCGGAAACCUCCUAAUGAGCAUCAUGGGAGCGUAUUUGCCGAUGUACACAUCGGCAUUGAUAGCUCUAAUUUCCUGCAUCGUGAUGAUAAUCAUUUUCGUCUGGUUGCCAGAAUCGCCUUACCACUUGAUAAAGAAAAACUUAGACGAGAAAGCGAAACACUCGAUCCAAUGGUAUCACAGGGAUUGCGACGUGGAGCACGAGUUCAAGGAGAUGAGGAUAUUCGUCGAGAAUCUCAACAGACAAUCGUUGUCGGACACUUUGAAGGAGCUCAAGAUUCUUCAUUACAGAAAGUCGAUAAUCAUAGUCUCGAUCCUCAUCGUGUACAGUCAAUUGUCCGGGAUAAACAGUAUUCUGUUUUACAUGGAGUCGAUUUUGACCACGGCGAAGGUCAGUGUUAUAGAGCCCGCGCAAGUGGUGAUAAUAGUGAUGGCAGGUGGUGUUGUUGCGUCGUGUUUAUCGAUAUUCCUGCUGGACAGAUUCGGGAGGAAAUUUCUCAUGAUCGCUUCCUGCAGCGCGAUCCUCCUGUCUUACAGUAUCUUGACACUCGAGUUCCAUUUGCUGGAUUUCGAUUUCGAUUCGGAAAAAGUGGAAGGAUUGGCGAUCAUCGGAAUGAUAUUAUUUUACAUAUCGGUGUUCAUGGGCAUCAUUCUCGUCCCAUCGACGAUGAUGGGUGAAAUUUUCCCCCCGCACCUCAAGUGCAUCGCUGCAUGCAUCGUCAGUAUCUCGGGCUCUACAAUCGCUUUCCUCUCCACCCUUACUUAUUUAACGCUGCUCGAUUUUAUGACCGAGAAAUACCUGUUUUUAUUCUACGGUUUGCUCGUGGCCUCGUGCAUACCGUUCACCCUAUUCCUUGUGCCCGAGACGAAGGGACUAUCCUUGCAAGAGAUUCAGAACAAGUUGAUAGGGAAGGACGAAAACGACAAAGCGUCACGUGAGUCCACGUGCAUCGACAAGGAUAAAUUUUCUCAAGAACGAAGUUUCGGACCGUACGUGAUCUCGCGCGAUGAUUAAUGAUAUAUCACGUCUCGUAUUUAUUGUGCGAUUAACUUAACUUGUAUUUACCGUUGAUUUUGUAAAUACCGUUCAAGUGUGUAACGUUUUUUCUUAAGUAAACGAUAAUAUAGACUGUGAUAUUAAUAUAUCGAUGGAAGCGGAUUGUUGGAAACUUUUCUAUCUCUGUAACAGUGAAAUAUAUUUUCGCGUAGACGGUGGUAGAUGAAACUCGAUUUCUUCGAAGAAUCGUCUCUCGAUCCAACGGUUAUUUUCGUUUCGGGCCGAUGAAAGAAGAACAUCGAGAAGAAUUUUCUUGGUAAAUCCGAGAAACGCGACGAUCGAAGGGGCAGGAGAUAGAAUAGAUAGAUAAUAGAGGGAAAAGGUCGCGACGCCUGUUGUUCUUUUGCCUUUCCAUUCUUUUCCUUUAACCGAGAAACGAUGUAGCUAUUUCUCUUUGGGGCGGACAUACGACCGGCGUAACGUCGACGAUGGAACUCGGCCAGUUUCAUAUUUUACAAGACGAUAUUUCAGCCGCGCUGGCUACGCCAACAACGUUAAAGAUGCCGCGAUCCCAUGGUGCCGCUGUUGAAAAUUGGACGCGGACCUUAUCUCGCUCGGGUCAUUGCACGAUGACUUUCCUUGAUCACCUUAUAAAACCGGGCCGGCAUCGAUACGAGUUUACGAUGCGAUUUUUCAUUUAUUAUUAACACAUACAAGCAUGAAAUUUCCACGAUACUAAAAAAUAUACCGUGAGCAAGACGUUUCAUCUUCACAUGUAAACAAUCGGAUCGACUGUAUAAGAUAAAGAUUCUUUUUAAUAAAAAAAGAAUAGAAAUAGCAAAGGAAUCGAGUGAAGCUGAACGUUUAAAAAAAAAGAAAAUGAUUUAUCGUUAACGGGAUAACGAUACAGGUUAGGUGUAACGUUAUUCCACGUUAUAUAUUUCCGUGACGACGAACCGAACGUCAACGCGGCGAAUUAAUUACUUAAAUGUCACUGUUAUUUCAUAAUAAAUGUUUCACGUAUCGUGCACACAUCCGCCCUCCCCCCCUCUGUACGGUUAUCAUUUUAAAUUCAUUACCGUGCAACCCAAUUGCGUUCGGAGGAUUGCGUGAACCAAUAACUCUUUGCUCCAUCCACGCCAGGAUAAUGGUCGCAUGGAUCCAAUGACAUUCGCCAAUAUUGUUAACUUAUUACAUCUCGCGCGAUUCGAAUUCGCGAUAAAAUUCAAUAUCGAGAAAAAUUCUCUUUGGAAUAAACAUGUGUGUAUAUAUAUAUAGAGAGAGGAAAUAUUGUAAAUUUAUAUAUCCGCGUGCAAUAGAGGGAAGAUGCUUUCAACUAUUGCUAUUGUUUGACGACUUCAUGAAAUAUUCAUAAAUAUUCAUUGUUUCCUUGGAUCGCUAUUGUUCGCGAUUUAUUUCUUCUUUUCGGUGUUGUGAAACGAUUGUUACAAUUUAACGAUCGUACAUAAUGAAAAAUGAAAACACGUACGAUUAACGAUUCGUGAAUGGAGCAAUUUCUGUGGAAUAUAUAAUUCUAUUAGGAAGAAUGGAUACGUUUAAGAGGAAAUAAGAUAUCGAUGGGAUUUGAUAUUUCAGAAUUGUAUCUGGUGCAUAAAAGAUUAAGCUCGAUGAAUUUGGUGAACUUCGUUUACGUAUUGAAACAAGCUCCGUAUUAAUAUCAUUUUCAUUGUUAGGGAACGUCUCGAGUAUGUAAUCGCUGAACCCAAACGUUAACUCGAUCAUUCUUCUAUGUGUAAAUCGUCUCUAUGUUCGUUUCGGAACUUCUAAUCGGUUUAAAACUAUCUGCAACUAGACCGAGUCAAUUAUCCUUAUCAACUCUCUGUCCUCGAUCUCUUUAUCGCGGUAUCGAUAUAACGCGAAAUUUGAAAUUGUUUUGAUGGAUAUUUUUAAUCCUAUUUAUAUAUAUAUAUAUUUUAUGAAAAUAUGAAGAUUCAUCAAAUUGAAAAAAAAAGUUUUAAUACCAAGUUGUUGCGAUCGUAUUCUCAAUAUAAGAAUUUUCUCGUAUUUAUUAGUUUUAUUAAAAAUUUGACUCGAUAAAAUCAAUACAUAUCGUCCAAUGAAAAGCAAAGUUAAAAUUAUUAUAAUUAAUUGAUUUGAUUAACUUGAUUGAUCACCGUUAAUAAUUCGUUUUCGUGAUUAUCAUAUCAAUUGUAAUUUCUUAAAUCAGUGACAAAUUAUUUGACGCGAUCUUUUCAAAAAUUCUAUUAAUGUUAUACCAGCAAUUUUUUGACGUUACGUUAAAUUUUAAAUCCGUAUAAAAAUUUAACGUUGAAAUACAAUACAUAAUUUGCUUCAUUGCAACGAUAUUCAAAUUGUCAAUUCAUCCAGCUUCAAAUUUUAAAAACAACGAAUAAAAUUCGAAAUUGGUCAUUUCAUACUCAAUAGUUUAAUAAUUCUUCUGCAUUCUAACCUGUAUAAUUUAACCUGUCGAUAACACGCACGUACAAAAAAUACUUAUCUUGAAAAAUCAAACAAUGGAUCGAGAAUCGUUGCCCGAGUCUAGCAAAGUUCGCCGGAACACGAAGAUCGAGGCGCAAAGAAAAAUCAUGCAUACGAGCUGCAAUAAUGGAAUGCCUCCAACUUUCAGUCAAUAAAGAAGUUCCGAAAA